AUGCUUAUAUGUGUACAGUUAGUUUCCUCUCAGUGCACACAGGCUAGUUCUGAGUUUCGGCAGAGUGGAGAUUUCGUUUUGGGUGGACUGUUUGAUAUUCACUACGUCAGUAAAGUCGUGACUCACCAGAUGCCUGAUUCUGCCCUGUGCUCCAGCCACGACUUUGUUCUACCAAGUUAUCGGAGGUUUCAGACCAUGAGAUUUGCCAUUGAAGAAAUCAACAACUCCAGCACCCUCUUGCCCAAUGUCACUCUGGGAUAUGAAAUAUUUGACCACUGCUCCAAUAAGGACAACUUUCCGAGUGUUUUCAAAUUAAUCUCUCAGGACAGACAGGUGCAGCCCUGGCUCCAUCUGAGCAAAGGCCUAUCAGACGUGAUUGCAGUGGUGGGCCCUUUCUCCAGCUCUGACACAACCACCAUCGGUCCUCUGUUCAUGAUGAACUUUGUGCCUUUGAUCAGCUAUGGGGCUGGCAGUUCUGCCUUUUCAGAAAAAACUAAAUUUCCUUCAUUCAUGCGGACCGUCCAUUCUAAUAGGCACCUGGUGGAGGUGAUAGUGGAUAUUUUGCUUUAUUUCAAAUGGCACUGGGUGGCUUUCUUAAACUCCAGCGACGCGUAUGGCAAAGACGGCCUGGAUCUCUUUAGGAAGAGAAUAGUGGACACUGGUAUCUGUGUGGCUUACAACGAAAUGGUUGAUUUCCAAACCAAUGCAACGAAAAUUAUAAAGCUACUUGAGGAACGUAAAGUGAAUGUUAUUGUUGUUUUUGUGCCUGAAGGAACAGCUGAAUAUUUAAUUGGAGCAGUGACAAGUCUUAACAUAACCAAGAAAGUGUGGCUGGCAGUGGAUGCCUGGUCUUUGAAUAAGAAACUUCCCAAAAUGCAGAGGAUUAAGAAUAUUGGGACAGUGUUAGGAGUUGCUCAGUCAUCAGUGCAUAUACCAGGCUUCAAAGAGUUCAUCUAUUCCACCAAGACCCCAUGUCAGAGGGAGGCCGGGGAGAUGUGCAACCAGGACUGUCGUGACUGUGAAGGCAUAACUGCAGAAGACAUUAUUUUAGCAGAUCCGUCCUAUUCUUACAAUGUGUACAGUGCAGUCUAUGCCAUCGCUCAUGCCUUACACAACGUGCUGCAGUGUGGAGGCGGCGUAUGCCAGAAGAAUAGAACAGUGCCUCAUUAUAAGGUUCUAGCAGAGCUGAAGAAGUCCAAUUUCUCACUUUUACAUGAGCUCAUUCAGUUUGAUAAAAACUCUGAUCCAAAGUUUGGGUUCUAUUCCAUUGUAUUGUGGAACUGCAGUGGAGAUGCUGAAGAAAUUGGAUUUUACAGAUUUCACCCAUCAGUCAAUUUCUACAUCAACAGAGCCAAUCUACAGUGGCACACGGGCACAGAAACGCCCAUUUCACGCUGUUCCCCAGACUGUCCUGUGGGAUAUGCUAAAAAACAAGAGGGGAUCCACAAGUGCUGCUUCAGCUGUUACCUCUGCCCCAAUGGGACCUACAUAAAUGUCACAGAGGACGCGUACAGCUGUCGGGCCUGUCAUGCAGAUGAGUGGUCUACUGACGGCAGUACCUCCUGUAUCCUACGCACUGUGGAGUUUGUCACGUUUGAAGAUGCUAUUACCAUGGUCAUUGUAGUGGGAACUGUGGCCUUGGAGGUCCUCUCUCUCCUGACUGCUGUGCUCUUUGGUCUAAACUACAACACUCCAGUGGUGAGAUCUGCUGGUGGUCCCAUGUGUUUCCUGAUUCUAGGCUGCCUCAGUCUCUGCAGCAUCAGUGUAUUUUUCUACUUCGGUAAACCUACUACUGCUUCUUGUGUUUUGAGAUUUUUCCCUUUUUUCAUGUUCUUCUCGGUGUGCCUGGCUUGUUUUGUGGUGCGCUCCUUUCAAAUCGUCUGCAUCUUCAAAAUUGCUGCAAAAUACCCUUCAUUACAGAGUUUGUGGAUGAAGUAUCAUGGACAGUGGGUGAUCAUAACACUGUCUUUUGUAACCCAGACAGCACUACUCAUUUUGGGGUACUCCCUCUCACCACCUGCUCCCUCUAGUGACUACGAAUGGGAUCGGUCUAAGAUCAUUCUGAGCUGUGAUGGAGAUUUUCAGGGCAAUUUACCUGCUACCAUUUUACUGCUAAUAUUAUGCUGUCUUUGUUUUAUCUUUUCUUACAUGGGAAAAGAUCUGCCAAAGAAUUACAACGAGGCCAAAUCUAUAACUUUCUGUUUACUUCUGAUUGUUUUGACAUGGGUUAUAUUUGCCACACAGUUCAUUCUUUACAAGGGCACGUACAUUCAAACUUUCAACGCCAUGGCAGUCCUCUCCAGUCUCUACUCUUUCCUCUUGUGGUAUUUCCUUCCCAAAUGUUACAUCAUUAUUUUUCAGCCCCAAAGAAACACAGCACAAUACUUUCAGGGACUCAUUCAGAGUUACACCAAAACUAUUAGUCAGUAG